AUGGAAACUGUCUAUGCCGUUCAUAAUUUUUAUGGUGAGAAUGAUGAUGAACUUACAUUUAAAGUUGGUGAUCCGAUCUUAGUGUUGGAAAAGGAUGAAAUGUAUUGGGAUGGCUGUGAAACGUCUACUAUUCCUGAAGCUAAAAUACAAGUUCCUUCCGCAAAUGAAACAAUUGUUGACAUACAAACCAAAUUACAUCAACUUGUGGCAAAGAAACAUCAAAAAAAUAAUUCUGAUCCAAACCUGGAUACUCCCGUUUUUAAAUCUAAUUCUGCUCCAAACUUGCCAAUACACCGAAGUUCUACAAUUGCUCAUCUACAAACUUCGUCACAACGACAAUCAAAAGGAUCAUUACGAAGUGGUCAUUCCAGUUUAUCUCUUUCGUCGGGAUCUAAUCACAGUGAAUAUUCAAAUUCUAGGAAUAAUAUUUCAAGAAAAAAUAGUAUUAAAGGCAACCCUCUGGUUUGGAACGUAGAACAAGUAUGUCAAUGGUUGAAAGAAAAAGGAUUCGAUUCUGUAAUAGAACAUUUCAUCGAGAAUGAUAUCACUGGUGAUAUCCUUCUUGGUUUAGACUUGGAUUCUCUCAAGGAAUUAAACAUUAUGUCGUAUGGUAAAAGAAUUCAUAUAAUGAAUGCUAUUAAUGCUCUUAAAAGUUCAUCUACCUUGAAUAAAGAUCAAGGCAAUGCAGAUUCAUCACAGAAAUUUAAUAUCAAUGCUAACGAGAUAUUAAUUUUACAGCUACAUCCAAUUAUGGAAUCAACACCAAUUAUGCAAUCAAAACCAGUUGACAUAUCUGAUAAGGUUGAUACAAAAGAUGAGUCAUCACUAGUAACGGUAAACAGUAAUGGCCAUUCCGGUUUGCCGUCACAACAACCACAACAGAUAAAUCAUACUGACGAAAAAUUUCAGGCAAUUACAGAAAAAGUGCAUAAAAAAAAAAGUAGUAGAAUAUUUUCAAAGUUAAAUUUCACGAGCAAAAGUGACAAACAUAAUGAUAAACCAGAAAAAAAUGAGACAAACCAAAACAUAUUUUCAUUUCAUAAACCCGUAAGAAAAGAAAAAUCACAAUCUCCAUCAGGAGGGUGGGAUCUUUUGGUGGAUACAAACUCUGAAAAUAAAUAUAAAAAUAAACCCAAGUCUCUUUCUAAAAAAAUGUCGAGAGAACAUUUGGACCGUAAUAGUUUGGUCGGAAGUCAGUUAGGAUUGCCGAAAUAUGCUAAAAAGAAUGGAGAUAAACAUGACCAAAUAAAUCGACUACAUUCAGUUAAGGAAGGCAUUGGUGAGGAAGACGAAGAGACAUUUAAACAUAUUGGGACACCUGAUUACGAAGGGUGGCUUAUGAAACAAGAUGAUAAAUAUAAAUCGUGGAAAAAUAGGUUUUGCGUCUUAAAAAAGCAAACCUUGUUUUAUUUUCAGAGUGAUAAGAUUGCACAAACACCCCGGCUCAAAGGUACUAUCAAUAUCAUGGGGUAUCGCAUCAUUCCUGACGAGAACAUAUUGCAGGGAAAAUACGGAUUCAAAUUGGUUCAUGAUACUGAACGUGCUCACUACUUUGCACAUGAAAAUUUGGGAAAAAUCAGAGAAUGGUUGAAAGCUAUUAUGAAAGCUACAAUAUCAAGGGAUCCAAAAUCUCCAGUGUUUUCGUCAAGCGAUUUAAGUACCAUGUCACUCACUGAAGCUCGAAAACUUGUACAUAAACAAUCUGAAUCAACGAAUAAGAAUUUAGAUCCACCAGAAGGCACUGAUUCACCAACAUUAGAACGAUCAUUGUCUCCAACUCUUUAUCCACCUUCUUAUAAUUUUAAUAGGUCGAAUCCACAACAACCAUCUCCGAGAUGUAGGUCUGUUUCACCAUUACCUGAAAUAUCUGAAACGUCAGGACAACCGACAACAAUGUCUUUGAGAUCCAAAACAUCAUCAACUUUUAAAAAACUUGUAAAAAGUACUAGCUUUGAUAGUAUCACUGCUAGUUAUAUGUAG